AAACGCCCUCUCCUGCCACAGCCUCACAGCAUUCGGAGACGGACAUCCAUCAAAUCUGCCUUGGCUCGAAGCAAGAUUGUCAUCAAGAAACUCAUCCUCUGUCUCGCAUCCGGAGGAAGAACCCCGCAAUGAAGAGGACCUCGUUGCCUCCUGAUAAGAAGUAUAAGAAGUAUCUAUAAGUCCCCAUCAUCAUGGAUUCUCCAAAACAAAAAUUCUCAUCCGAAAAAAUGACAUUCAAAAUCCUCGGCGCUGGUGUCGUCGGUUUAACCACCGCCCUCGAACUCGCGGCUCGAUACCCACUAGCUCGGAUCCAGAUCCUCGCCACCCACCUCCCGGGCGAUCGGUCCAUAAACUACACUUCCCCUUGGGCGGGAGCGAAUUGGCUAUCUGUAGCGACGGACAAUGGACGACAGGAGAAUUGGGAUCGGGUUACUUAUAAGAAGUUUGAGGAGUUGGCUGAUGGGAAGGGGAAUGAGAGUGGAGUGAAACGGAUGCCGAUUUGGGCGUUCUAUGAUAGUGAGAAAGAGGAUGCGGGGAUUUUGAGUCAGGGAACGGGGAAGGUUUGGUAUGAGGGGAUGGCGGGGCUGAGGUGGUUGAAGGAGAAGGAGGAGAUGAGGGAGGGCGCGAAAUUGGGGUAUGAGGCGAAGAGUUUUGUGGUUAAUGUUCAGGUGUAUCUUCCUUGGUUGCAGAAUGAAGCAUUGAAGAAAGGGGUGGAGAUGCUGAGGACGACUGUGACUGAUAUUCGAGAAUUGACGAAUGAUUCGGAUGUGAAAGCUGUGUUCAACUGCACAGGUCUCGGCUCGUAUAGCUUGAAAGGCGUGGAGGAUAAGUUGCUCUAUCCGACCCGAGGUCAAGUCAUGCUAGUUGAAAACCCUAAGACACCUAUGGAACGCAUGUACUUCCGCAGUCCCCAGCGAGUCAACAAAGAUACCACAUAUGUCUUUCCUCGAAAUCCGGGUGGCGGGGUCAUCCUUGGUGGCUGCCGCUUUGACAAUGAAUGGGACGGUGAAGUGGAUCUCGAGUUCGCAGAAGAUAUCAAGAGGAGAUGUUGCGCUCUGGCUCCUGAGCUUGGGAAGCCAGAAGACCUGAAAGUCAUUCAGCAUGCAGUCGGAUUGAGACCUAGCCGGAAAGGUGGCCCUAGACUAGAACGAGAGAGUAUGGGAAAGACCAUGGUGAUCCAUAAUUAUGGCGCUGGUGGUGCAGGCUACCAAGCCUCAUGGGGAUUGGCGAAAGAUGCUGUUGAUUUGUUGUAGACUGACUAGAGACUGUGACAGACUCCGACGUUGGGAAUCCCUGAAAAUCAUCCAUGAAGUUCAACAUAUCGUCAAAGUUCGAUAUUUCGACGUAUGAAUUAGGAAUUGCUUGAGGCACUGGUACCUGAAGCUGCGCUGCUGGACUGAUCUCCUCUUGCAUAAACAUCCUCGUCCACAAACUCUGUAUAUGUAGUCGAGUUUGAUGGUGCCUCAAAGUUGAUGGAUCUGCGGUAGUCAUAAUGAUAAGACGAACAUUGUCAAACAUUCGACUGGUAUUGAUAUUUCUGGGAUCUGGUUGUCCACUUCCAAUAGCUAUAUCUGCUUGCCUGUCUUCUCGCUUGUCCAACUUAUUCAAAUCGAAGUCUAUGACACCUUGAGGAUUAGUCGCUUCAUAAAGACGAGUAAGAAGUUCGAUGGUCUCGCUCCAUGCCCCUGCAAUUGGCCAUAAGCCUUCCCAUGAUUUCAGAGUUUUGCAGAUGAAAGUAAG